AUGGAGGACAGGAAGAGGCCUGCCGUUGGCAGUGCUGAUGAUCUCGCGCCGCCGAGCAAAAGGCUCGCUGUCAAUGGAUCCAAACCCAAGGACGACGCCCCUGAGAUGAAGGAGGAGAGCUGGAUUGAAGUCUACACAAAAGGCGCCAUCUACCGUCAAAUGCAAGAAUAUAGUCGCAGAGCCGCGACGGCGGAAUCGCGAUUGGAAGAAGUACACAAACGAGCCGUGCACCAUGACGAUCAUAUAAGGAUAAUUGAUGCCUGGUGGCAACAAAUACUUGACGAAGUUGAACUGCUCGCCGACGCUUCUAUCCCAACCAAGAAACUCGAUGGCCCCCCAUUCCUGAGCAGCGUUUCCUUCAAGGACUUACAACACUUCCAAGGUCAUUUGCAGGACAAAGGAAAAGCUAUCAUAAGCAAAACGGAAACUCUUCUUCAAAGAGUCGCCGCGCUUCGAGGGGAAGUCACCCCUGAGGCAUCGGCUCUCGAAGGGAGAAUUACAGGGCUUCUCGCUGCGCAGAAGGAAUAUCUUCUCAAAUUGGAUCGCCUAAACAGUGAAAAGGACACCCUUUCAGAGCAGCUCAAUACCGCUACGCUACGAUAUUUUAAGGCCGAGAAGAAACUAGACCGCGCCAAGAGUUCACAAGUGCAGAAGUUGGAACAGCAAGCAUUCGCAAAUGCUACACGACCACCAUCCGCCACUAAAGAAGGUUCAGAAGAGCCGGCGCCUUCAAAUGGCGCUGGCGCAGAGCUACUUCUUAAGUAUGAGGAAACCGCUGCUGCGGCUACCAAGCAGAAAGAGCAACUCGACUCCUUGUUGGGAGAGAUACGAACUUUGCAAGACGAGAACUCGACACUCAAAUCGAAACGCGAAGCCUGGUCGGAUGAUGACUUUAUCAGAACGGACGUUUUCAAGCAAUUCAAGGGUCAAAAUGAGGAGCUUAUUAAACGUAUCAACAACUUGGAGGCGACGAACAAGCAGCUCCGGGAAGAGGCCGAAAAGCUACAGUCUGAGCGAACGACGUUCCGGAUACAGCUUGAAGCCGAUGCUAGCCAAGUCACUUCGGAAUUGGAGGCGGAUAUUGCUGCUAGAGAUCAAGACCUCGCCCGUGUUCGAUCUGCACGAGAUGAGAUUUUGGCCGAGAAUACGCAACGGAAAGCCAGCAUGGAGCAAGAGAGACUAUCUCUAGAGCACAUGAAGGAGCUCGUGUCCGCGAAAGAGGACCGCAUUUCUGCUCUGGAGUCCGAAAUCGAGAGACUAAAGCCAUCUGCAGACGAGCAAUCUGUGACGGAUAUUUCUACGAUGAGUGAGGAUGAACUUCGCCAAAAAUUUAAGAAAUUGGAGAAAGACUUCGAGGCCAUCAAUCACGAAUUACCGUCCAUAGAAAGGGCGUUCAAGAGGAUGAGAGAUCUAGGACAAAAGAGGGUUAUGGACUUUGCUGGUCUGGAAGAGAAGAUACAGCUACUAAUUGCCGAGAAGAGCAAAGCGGAUCAAAAAUACUUUGCGGCACGCAAAGACGCCGAUACGCGAAAUAACGAAAUUCGAUCUUUGCGCCAUCAAAACAGCAAGAGCGCGGAAAUUAUCGCCCAGCUAAAGGAUAUAGAGACGCAAAAUCGCGGAUUGCUGACCAACUUGGAAAAGCAAAUGGCCAACAUGCGCCUAACAAACGCCACUCUAGCCAUGGAGAACAAGAAAAUGGAGGUUACCAGCCAGGAUGGAACCCGCCGCAUUGAGUCGUUGAACAAGCAGAUUACCGAACUCUCGGGCUUGGUCAAGACGAGAGAUUCAGCAUCGGCGAUUAUAAAGGAGAGGAAUACUCUACAAGAAGCCGAGGUGGAGAAGCUCAAGGUGCGGAUCGAGCAUGCGCAGAAAGACCGGGACAACUGGAGAAACAAGGCUCUGAGCAAUUCGUCGGAGGAAGAGGAGAUGUUGCGAACGUUUGCUCUUUGUUCCAUCUGCCGAAACAACUUCAAAAACACGGCGCUCAAGACCUGUGGUCAUCUCUUCUGCAGCAAAUGCGUGGACGACCGCAUCAGCAACCGCAUGCGCAAAUGCCCGAGCUGCUCACGCGCCUUUGACAAAAUGGACGUCAUGCCUGUACACCACUAG